AGUUGUGGUGGUGAUGUGAUGGUGGUUGGAUGGGAGCGUUAGUGGAGUGCACUUACAAAGCCAUGCAUUACACGGCGCUUUGUUAAAUGUUUCCCAGUGAUUUCGUCGUUUCGUAAGAAAUUAUUCGUGUGUUUUGUGCUGAAACUGAUGCGACGUCGUGUUAGUCUGUUCAUAAGUGAUAUCCGCAUGGCUCAGGUGUCCUUCUGAUGCCUUUGUUCUUGUAGGAAAGUGUCUUUACAUUUAUUGAGAUGCUGUUUUGCAGAUGGUAUGUUAAAGAGCUUCUCAUUUAGGAACUACUCUGUGGAGUUUGUCCUGGUAGAGGGAGUUGAUUUUAACAUGCUACCCUCCAAAUAGGCCAGUCGAGUCAGUGUUUGGAGGAGAAAUGUGAUCCUUUACUUCUGAAAGUUAGUGAUGAAUCUGACACUGGGUUCUGAAGUUGGAUUGACACACGUUGUUGGAGGAAUUGCAUCCAAAGGAGCAUUUCCUGAUAGUUAGAGUUCUUUGAAGACCUUUUCUCGUGGAAUCCUACUCAGGGAAAGAAAACGGAAGUUCGCCACGAUGGAGGAUUCAAUGAUGGCUGACGUAGACCCUGAAACGCUUCUGGAAUGGCUGCAAAUGGGCCAGGGGGAGGAGCGGGACAUGCAGCUCAUCGCUCUGGAGCAGCUCUGUAUGUUGCUCCUCAUGUCCGAUAACGUCGACAGAUGCUUUGAAAGUUGUCCGCCAAGAACUUUCCUGCCAGCUUUGUGUCGCAUCUUCCUUGAUGAAUGUGCUCCAGACAAUGUGUUGGAGGUCACUGCAAGAGCCAUCACAUAUUACUUGGAUGUAUCUGCAGAAUGCACACGUCGUAUUACUACAGUGGAAGGUGCCAUCAAGGCAAUGUGUAACAGAUUGGUUGUGGCCGAUGUCACUUCCAGAACCAGCAAAGAUUUGGCUGAACAGUGUAUUAAGGUCCUUGAGUUAAUAUGCACAAGGGAGGCAGGAGCUGUGUUUGAAGCUGGUGGUUUAAAUUGUGUGUUAACUUUCAUUAGGGACAAUGGUAAUUUAGUUCACAAAGACACACUCCAUUCUGCCAUGCACUUAGUGUCCAGGUUGUGUGGAAAGAUGGAGCCAGCUGACCCUGGACUUGCACCAUGUGUAGAGUCCUUAUCUACUCUACUGAGACAUGAGGACCAACAUGUUGCUGAUGGAGCUCUGCGUUGCUUUGCAUCUCUUGCCGAUAGAUUUACCCGACGGGCUCAAGAUCCAGCUCCCCUUGCGCAGCACUGCCUUGUAACACAUCUUCUAGCUCGUUUGGCAGGAGCUGCUCCUCAGCCUACGCCAGGUGCAGCUGCUGCAGCCCCUGGAGCACCUGCUGCUACUCCAGAAAAUUCCAAAACUUCUGCAUCUGUUUCCACUGUGAUCUCUCUUCUCUCCACACUUUGUAGAGGCUCGCCCAGUAUUACUCAUAACUUGUUAAGAUCUGAAUUGCCCGAUGCCAUUGAAAAAGCCUUACAGGGUGAUGAGCGAUGUGUGCUGGACACCAUGCGCUUAGUGGACCUGUUGCUGGUGCUGCUUUUUGAAGGGCGGAAGGCACUACCAAAGUCUGGCAUGAGUGCUGUGGCCAGUAGAUUGCCAGGACUCAGACGUAUGGACAGCUCAGGGGAAAAAACCCAUCGUCAGCUUAUAGACUGCAUUAGAAGUAAAGAUACUGAUGCUCUUAUUGAUGCUAUAGAUAGUGGGGGAAUAGAGGUGAAUUUCAUGGAUGAUGUUGGGCAAACUCUUCUCAAUUGGGCAUCAGCAUUUGGUACUCAGGAAAUGGUGGAGUUCCUAUGUGAAAGAGGAGCUGAUGUUAACAAAGGCCAAAGAUCAUCUUCCCUUCAUUAUGCAGCCUGCUUUGGUCGACCCCAGAUUGCCAAAGUUCUGUUGCGUCAUGGUGCCAAUCCUGACCUUCGGGAUGAAGAUGGCAAAACUCCUUUGGAUAAGGCUAGAGAAAGAAAUGACGAGGGCCACAGGGAGGUGGCGGCUAUUCUACAAAGUCCAGCUGAAUGGCUGGUUGUUACAGAUGGGAAACCUGUUGUUCUUCAGCAGGAUGGAAAGAAAUUGGAGGAUAGCAGUAAUACAGCAAAUACAGAAGAUGUAGAGAUUGGAGAGCCACGAGGAGAUGUUGAAAUGGCUCCAGUUUAUCUCAGUCGUCUAUUGCCUGUGUUUUGUCACACUUUUCAAGCAACAAUGGUUCAUACUGUUCGCAAAGCUUCCCUUAGUAUACUUAGAAAGAUGGUUCAUUAUAUUCCAGCACCUCUUCUUCAUCAGGUCUGCGGUGGUGAAGGUGCAACAAUUAGCACAACCAGUAACAAUAUAAACACUAUUACGGGUACCCCUAAUAACUUACUAGGGUCUCAGUUGGUGGAAGUCAUUGCUCUUGUAUUAGGAAAUGAGGAGGAUGAAGAUGGCCAUUUGGUAGCUCUGCAGAUGGUGGAUGAUCUCCUAAGUAAGGCUGCAUCCCUGCUUUUAGAGCACUGUGCUCGAUUAGGUGUUAUCAGUAAAGUCGGUUCCUUGUCCGGCCCGUCAGAUCCACCCAUUGAAGAAUAUGCACCAACUAAAGUUAAAGAUGAACAGCAGGAAGGAGAUGAACAGGGAAUGGAAGAUGCCAAAGAAGUUGUUCCUGGAAAGGCUUAUCACUGGCGUGACUGGUGUGUCGCCAGAGGUAGAGAUUGCUUAUAUAUUUGGAGUGAUGCUGCAGCUCUGGAAUUAUCUAAUGGUUCUAAUGGGUGGUUUCGUUUCAUCCUGGAUGGAAAACUUGCAACCAUGUACUCCUCAGGGAGUCCUGAAGGAGGCUCUGAAAGUACAGCAGAGAACCGCAGUGAAUUUCUGGAGAAACUUCAAAGAGCAAAGUCCGCUGUACGACCUGGUAGUCCUAGUCAGCCUGUUUUGUCUUCCCCUGGGCCUGCACGAUUAGUUAUAGGAAACUGGUCGCUUCAGUGUAAAAAGGAAGGAGAGUUGCAUAUCCAUAAUUCAGAUGGUCAGCAACAAGCAACAAUCCUCCGUGAGGAUUUACCAGGAUUUAUUUUCGAGAGCAAUCGUAACACAAAACAUUCCUUCACUGCUGAAACAUCUCUCGGGCCAGAGUUCCAUGCUGGGUGGACUGGUCGUCGAGGCAAGAGGUUUAGAUCUAAAGUAGAAGCAAUGAAACAGAAGGUAAAAGGCCUUGCAAGAGACAUUUAUGAGAAGUACUUCAAAGCUGCCCAAACACAGCCUCGAGGAGUAGUAGCCAAGUUAGGAAAUAUUGUAGCACAAAUAGAAAGAGCCUGUCAGAAGCAGAUGAGUAACAAGAAUAGCAGUGAGUGGCCUGAAAUCUUGCGUGCAGCUGUUGAAGACCUAGUCACCCUUCUUCGUGAUGAAAGUACAGUUUCAGCCUAUGAACUGCAUUCUUCUGGAUUAGUACAAGCCCUCCUUACUUUGUUGAGUCCUGAUACUUCGCAACAUUUUCCAGAUGACAAUAGACAAGUGUCUCAGAGAAGAGUCAAUAAAAUGAUCAAGCAGCGACGGAAUGUAUUCAAAAGCUGUUUCAUGGAUAAAUUUGAUGAAGAAAUUGUUAUGACCAGUGCAUCUGUUAGCCCUGGUACUCAGUUAGUGCGGAAGUUGGUUGCAGUUCUAGAAAGCUUGGAGAAACUUCCAUUGUACAUUUAUGAUGUCCCCGGAGCUGGCUCAGGCCUUCAGGUUUUAAGUCGUCGUCUCAGGUUUAGGUUAGAAAGGGCUCCUGGAGAAAGCUCUUUGAUUGACAGGAAUGGAAGAACAUUAAAGAUGGAGCCUUUGGCAACUGUAGAACAAUUAGAACGUUAUCUCCUGAAGAUGGUUGCCAAGCAGUGGUACGAUUUUGAUCGUGCAUCUUUUGCCUUUGUGAAGAAGUUGAAGGAAGGUCAAAAACUAGUCUUUAAAAAUAGUCGGGAAUUCGAUGAGAAUGGUAUCUUAUAUUGGAUUGGAACCAAUGCCAAGACUGCAUAUGAGUGGGUUAAUCCAGCUUCAGUUGGUCUUGUUGUGGUAACAUCAAGUGAAGGACGCAAUCUUCCUUAUGGACGGUUGGAGGACAUCUUGAGUAGAGAUGUGUCUGCUCUGAAUUGUCAUACAAAUGAUGAUAAAAGAGCUUGGUUUGCUAUAGAUCUCGGAAUUUGGUUCAUACCAUCAGCAUAUACUCUCAGACAUGCUAGGGGUUAUGGAAGAUCAGCUCUUCGUAAUUGGAUGUUCCAGGUGUCUAAAGAUGGAAUGACUUGGACAACACUGUAUACUCACAUUGAUGAUUGUUCGCUCAAUGAACCUGGAAGUACACACACUUGGCACAUACAACCUCCACAGGAGGAAAAGACUGGAUGGAGACAUGUACGAAUCCAGCAAACUGGUAAAAAUGCAUCGGGACAAACUCAUUACCUUUCUUUGUCUGGCUUGGAACUUUAUGGAACAGUUACAGGUGUAUGUGAAGAUCUAGGUCGAGCAGCCAAAGAAGCGGAGGCAAAUCUACGUAGACAACGAAGACUUGUGAAAUCACAGAUGGUAAAGCAUAUGGUGGUUGGUGCUCGAGUUGUCCGUGGCCUUGACUGGAAGUGGCGAGACCAAGAUGGAAAUCCACCUAGUGAGGGAACCAUUACAGGAGAGCUUCACAAUGGAUGGAUUGAUGUAACAUGGGAUCAUGGAGCUUCCAAUAGUUACAGAAUGGGUGCUGAAGGAAAAUAUGAUCUUAAGCUAGCUCCAGGAUAUGAUCCAGAGUCCCCUCAGGUGCCUGUUGUUUCCAGCACUAUCAGUGGCACAUCCAGCAAUACAGCAACCACUGCCUCUUCUGCAUGUACUGCAACAAUAACUACUACUAUUAAGUCAACCAAGGUGGUGAGUACUGAUGUUAAUCAGGGAACUAGUGUGUUGACAAGUCGCAAAUGUAGCUCAACUCCAUCACUACCUCAGGCCACCACAGAUAUUCAUAAGCAUUCUGUGGCUGCAUCUGAACAGGCAGCUUCUGAUGAUAACCUCACUGCCAAGGCUGCCGAAACUGUGGCAGAAAAUGUUUUGAGUGUUGCGAGUGCUGAGGCUCUGCUGAGCGUGGAAGGAAGUGGUCGUGACAAAGGUUCGGAAUUAGCUUCAUUAGUGCAGUCCCUUAGUCUGCAGGAUCGCGAUCUCACAUCUGAUUUCUCAGACGCUAUGUCCUCGCUGGAGUCUGUGCUCAAUACCAGUGAUAUUAAAUCGGGUAUGAGUGAUGUGACAGAGGCUAUAACUGUAAUGGAUGUUGGUUUACAGCAAAAUUCAAAUAGCAAGUCAAAUUCAAUUGUUCAUUCAGGCGGGGAGUGUCCUCCAUCUGUUAUGGUGAAUGAAGAAAAGUUUGGGGAAUUGGGUCAUAAUAUAGGGAUGUUCAGUGGCAGUAGCAGCAGCAGCAGCAGCAUCGGCGGCAUUGCCAGCAGCAGCUCCAGCAGUAGGAAACGUUGUGGGGGAGUAGUUACCGGUGAGGGUAAGAGGGACUGCACUGGCCGGUCUGCCAUGUCAUCACAGCCAAUGAGUGUUAGUGUGCCCAACCUGACCAGUGCAGACUCUGAGCCAUUGACACAUAGUCUGCUGGAGACCUUUGCCCAGGUGGCCAGGCGAAGGGGGGGAUCAGCUACCAUGGCUCCUAGCUCAGGGGUGUGUGGUAGUGGGGGGAUGGUACCCCACGCUCCCAAUGUGCCUGCUAGUGUCAGUAAUGUUCGCACAGGCUUGGGGCAGCUGAUAGGUGGGCCACCCCCAAGCCUGGCCCACCCGGUGUUUUCGCCUUCCACCCACUCCAUGUCCAGUCUGGUCCGUCUGGCCCUCUCCUCACACAUCCACCUCCCAGCAUACAAGAUGGCCAAUAAAGUUGAAAGUAAUGCAAGAUCUGGCCCCCUGAGUACAGCACAGAGUUAUCCAACUUUGACUUCAAGCACAACGUCGACUACCUCUACAACAACCACAGGUGCCACAGCAUCUUCUACAACCAAUCAGCCAUCUACAAACCUUUCUUCUUUCCCACAUGGCUUGACAAUGAGCCUUACCUCUACGUCCAGUGACUCAGAGCAAGUUAGUCUCGAAGAUUUCUUGGAAAGCUGUCGUGCCAGUACCCUCCUUGCAGAACUUACAGAUGAUGAACUUCCUGAUCCUGAUGAUGAUGAAAAUGACGAGGAUGAUAAUGAUGAUGACGAUGAUGAUUAUGAAGAGGAAGAGGAAUGUUAUGAAAUCACGAAUUUUGUGCAGGUGCGCAACGGCAAGAGACGAGGAUGGGAUGAUGAUUUUGUGAUUAAAAGACAGUUCCCAGCUUUAAUACCAGCAUUUGAUCCUAGACCGGGUAGAACGAAUGUAAAUCAGACCCAGGACUUGGAGAUCCCUGCACCUGGAACGGAAGAUCAACUUAACGAUUCUCCAAGUGAAGUAUUAAGUGGUCCACGUUUGAGUUUAACUCUUAGAGGCCCAAACUUGCCUGGUAUUCCUGAUGUAGAUGUACCAAUAACAAAGAAUACUUCUACUAUAUUUUCUGCCGUCCAAACUUUGGUCCAUGCUGCCAAUUUUCCAUCCCGCCAAGAGAAGCUCAGACGCAUUUGGGAGCCGACUUAUACGCUUAUAUAUGGUGAAGCCAGAGAAGAUGAGGGAAAUGAAGGGGAGACUUCUGGCCUUCAGCAGCUUCAUCGCCGUAGUUCCCGCACUAACAUUUUGACUGAAGCUGUUAGAAGUGGAUCUCUGUCUACUACCAUUACCAGCUCAUCUGGAGAUCCAUCUGUUGAGGAUGUUUUACAGCUUCUUCGUCAGUUAUUUAUUUUAGCCAGUGAAGAUAAUGUUCAAGCUGAGAAAGCAAUUACCGGAAUGGGUUCAUUUGGUGUCAAAUGUGAAGAAUUUGAAUCCAAAAAAGUAGGAAAUAAACUAGUACAACAAGUUGGAGAAGCUGUUGUAUUAGCCUGUGGAGCCUUGCCAUCAUGGUGUGAAGAUCUCACAUAUGCUACUCCAAUGCUGUUUCCCUUUGAAACAAGACAUCUUUAUUUUAACUGCACAGCCUUCGGGCCAGAAAGGUCUUUAGUUUGGUUGCAAAGUCAGAGAGAUGUGAGUGUCGAAAGACGGGGUGGCCUGAGAAGGGAUGACCCUCAUGAAUAUAGAGUUGGCAGAUUAAAACAUGAAAGAGUGACUGUACCUCGAGGGCCUGAUCUGCUUCAAUGGGCUCAACAGGUUAUGCGUGUCCAUGCCAGCCGCAAAUCAAUUCUAGAGGUUGAAUUCCGUGAAGAGGAGGGUACUGGCCUUGGUCCUACCUUAGAAUUCUAUGCCUUAGUGGCUGGAGAACUUCAGCGUGCAGACUUAGCUAUGUGGUUAUGUGAUGACCAAACUGCUGAUCCUAUCACUCCACCUGCUCUUGAUGGGGGAAAUGGCAAUGGAGAUUCAGUUACUAGGCCUCCAGGAUAUUAUAUACGUCGUCAGGGAGGACUGUUUCCUGCUCCUCUUCCUCAAGAUAGUUCUUUAUGUGACCAGGCAGUUAAAUUAUUCCACUUCCUUGGUGUGUUCUUGGCUAAAACACUUCAAGAUAACAGGCUUGUUGAUUUGCCACUGUCACGUCCCUUCCUCAAGCUCAUGUGUCAUGGUGAGUUUGCGAAUGUGAAGGACCGAAGCAUUGCUCUUAGCUCCACCAAGCCACGAGGUGGAUUCUCUUCUCUACCAGCAGAAGAAGAUCUUAUGACAUCUUCUAUAAUUAGUGAAGAGAGUGAGAAAGAAUUGGAACUCGACCCUCCUAAGUAUCGUUUGGCAGACACACAACCAUGGUUUUCAGGUUUACUUGGUUUAGAUGAUCUGUGUGAAGUUGAUCAAGAACGUGGGUCUUUCCUCCAGCAGCUGAAGUCUUUAGUAGCUGUCAAGCAACUAAUACUUCAUGAUACUAGUCUGUCAGAAGAAGAUCGUCGCCUUCAACUUCAUAAUUUGGCUUUACCAGCAGCACCUGGUACACAAGGUGCAGGACCACCAGCAGUCAGAUUGGAGGACCUGUGCUUGACUAUGCAGUAUGCUGCCCCUUCAAAACACUUCGGAUAUUCUGCCAUUGAGUUACGUUCAGGUGGAGCUGAUCAGGAAGUAACACUUGAAAAUGUUGAGGAUUACAUUGAUCUUACACUGAAUUGGACUUUGGAAACUGGAAUUAGAAGACAAUUGGAAGCCUUUAGGGCAGGAUUUUGCCAGGUGUUCCCAAUGAAGAAGCUUGGUGCCUUUAGUCCAGAUGAAUUAAGACUUAUGUUGUGUGGUGAUCAGGUGCCUAUGUGGACUAGAGAAGACAUUUUAGCAUACACUGAACCAAAGCUUGGGUACACAAGAGACUCGCCAGGAUUUCUAAGGCUCGUAAACAUACUUGUAGGGCUUACUGCUGAUGAGCGGAAGGCAUUCUUGCAAUUUACGACUGGUUGCUCAUCAUUGCCACCUGGUGGUCUUGCCAAUUUACAUCCACGCUUGACUGUUGUCCGAAAGGUUGAUGCUGGGGAUGGCUCAUAUCCCUCUGUGAACACUUGUGUCCAUUACCUGAAACUUCCAGAUUAUUCUUCUGAAAACAUAAUGAAAGAAAGACUUCUUGCAGCCACGCGGGAGAAGGGCUUCCAUCUCAAUUAAGCUAUGAGCUGUAUUAUAUAAUAUAUAUAAAAAUAUAUAUCUAUAUAUAAAGACUCAGGUGUAUAUAUUAGUAAAAUUGUGAAAUUUUGUAAGGAAAUGGAAGUGUUAAUUCAGUGAUAAUAGUAAUGGCAAGUUAAAAACAGUUUUAUGGUGGAAGAAAAAUUCUGAUGUUCUUCCAGUGAAUGUUAAUGUUCUCUGAAUACUGUUCCAUUUGGUAAGCAUAUGUAGCACUAAAUUUGAUUUUGGUUACAAUGGAAUGAGACUUUAUUUCACUUUUAUUUGUAGUCUACUUUUUUUUUUUUUUGUACAAUAUAUGCGAUAAAUGUUCGUGUAAAUGUUAUUGAAAAUGUGACGACGACAUUUCACUAGUAGCCCAUUAUCAUUACCUCUGUUGGAAGGGGGUAAUUUCAGCCUUAUUAGUAAAAAGAUGAUUUUAAUAGGUAAACCAUGUAUACAGUGAACAAAACUCUUUAAAAGCUUUAUUAACACUUUUUCAGUCUGGUUACAGUAUGCACAAAGUUAUCAUAUUUUCAUUUGUGUGAAAGUGUUGAGUGGCAAAAUAUCCAUAUGGCUGGUAGUGAUGGAUAUAUUGGCUAAGUAUUGGCCAGUUGUUGUUUUUAUGUUGUCACUAUUAGCUUAUGUCUUUCUGUGAUAAAAAAUAAAGGCAUUGCAUAGGCAGCAAAUUGUAUAUAGGUAAGUACAUCACACAAGCAUGCCACUGUAUUAGUUGUUUUGAUGUAGCAACAAAUAUGUGCAUCAGCAGUGAACAAUGACAUUUCUUGUGGGAUAACUGAUUUUAUGGUUGGGCAGCUCCCAUCCAUACAGUGUGUUUGGCUAACUGUAAAGAUUCAUUCUAAUUGUUGUUGAUUGUUCUCCACUCUGCUUAUUUGCAAAGAUCUCAUUAGGCAUAUCCACGAUAUUACAUAAAAUAGUAAGUGCGUGUAUGUGUGAUAUUUCAAAGUGUUCAUGUCUAACCAUCCUUUAUGAUUUCAUUUGUUGAUAACAAAUGAACACCUUCACACUUCCAAUAGUGUUGUGGUAUAGAAUGGGAAGUUUUACAUUAGUGCAGAAAAGUUUUAUUUUAAAAUUUGGGUGGCUUGAUUUUUAUAGCUUAGUGCACAAUUAUGUAACCAUGGUUCCUGUUUUGCAUUGGCAACUGACUAUGAUAUAUGGAUUUCCAGGACUGACUGACUGAUCUUUCAAAGAUGUUUCAGUCAAGCUCUGUGUUGUGCCUUAUAUUUUUUUAUGAUAUUUCAUCAUUUAGCAUAAGUUUUUUGUUCAUGCAGACUAUAGUAUAAAAUCAAAGUAACAUUUAGUCUUGGUUUGGCACAUUUUAAGAGGCUGAAAUCAGUGCUUGGAUUGUAUACCCUUCUAAACCAUUACCUGCUCAAAGCAUUUGAAUAUAACUUGAAAGAUAUGAUGCACUAAAACUUUUCAGUGAUUGUUGUUAACAAAUCAAAAGACAAGAGAAGUCAUUGAGGAAUCAUUUUUCCAUGUCAUGCAUACGUAUUGUGAUUUGAUUUUUGUGGAUUUCAAAAUCAAAGUUGAAUAAAAUUGAAUGUGCAAUUGCAAGUUGUCACUAGAUACCUAUAUUAGUGACCAAACUUUUAUAUAGGUUUUAAUGACUCCAAAUGUAGUCAUACUAGUUAUGAUAUUGUGCUUUCUAGUUUUUUUUCUUGUUUUAAUAGUAUUUGGAUGGUAGAGUCAGGAGUUUGAAUGCUGAUUACAUUGUCUGCCAGUGCAAUGCAUGAUGGAAGUAAACAAUUGUCUAGGUUCAAAAGUGCCUGUACAUUGUCAUGAUGUACUUACAGAGGAUCUGUCUUGCUGCAUAUAUGAAUAAAUAUAUAUAUUAUAUGUGUAUUAAGAUAUGUAUACACAUUCAUGAAAUUAAUGUAUUUGUGUACAUGAAAUGUUUGUGUAUAUAUGUAUUCAUACAUGUAUACUGACAAAUAUAUCUUUCUGUGAAAGGAUACAAAAAAAGAAUAAAAAUAUUAUACGU